UCCACUCUCUGCUGAUGGUAACCAUUACUUCAACGGAAAAAGAAAAUCUUAUGGUCCCGUAAUGCUGGCAAUGAUUUGAUAAACUUUUGGAAGUUUGUCGAGUAAUUGAUCUUGAAGAAUGGGGAGCGUUUCGUCCGAAGAAGGUUUCCAUCAAAUAAGUGACCGGUCCGAGAGUUACAGUUUGAGCGCCGACGUGAGCGAAUCUGAGAGCUCAAGUCGGUUUUCAUGUCGUCAUUUUGACCAGCAUGAUGGUUCGAGUUCUUUGACCUCUUCGCCGCUCGCGGGGCCAGAGUUCUUUGAUGGUUCUGGUUUUACGGCGCGGGUUCCUGUGAUGUUACCGGUUGUCGGUGGUAGACACGUGGUCAUUCCUGCGAAGAAGGCGGUGGAACCAGAAGCCAACAUGUCCGAAGUAGAUACGAUGAAGGAAAAGUUUGCUAAACUUUUGCUUGGAGAAGAUAUGUCAGGUGGAGGGAAAGGAGUUUGUACUGCUCUUGCCAUCUCCAAUGCCAUUACAAAUCUUUCUGCUUCUGUGUUUGGGGAACUAUGGAAGUUAGAGCCAUUAUCACCACAAAGGAAGUUGAUGUGGUGUAGAGAGAUGGACUGGCUUUUGUGUGUAAGUGAUUCCAUAGUAGAACUUAAACCAGCAUUGCAAGAGUUCCCAGGUGGGGGAACCUUAGAGGUUAUGGUGGCCCAGCCACGCUCUGAUCUAUAUGUAAACCUACCAGCGCUCAAGAAACUUGAUGCAAUGCUGCUAAGCAUUCUUGAUGGCUUUCAUGAUUCUGAGUUUUAUUAUGCUGAUCGUGGGGUAGUUAUUGCUGAUAUUGAUGAAAUUGAGACAUUUGCCUCGUCUUCAUCUUCUGGAAGGCCUUCUGUUAGACAGGAAGAGAGGUGGUGGCUCCCAUUUCCUAAAGUUCCUCCUCCUGGUUUAUCUGAAGAUACAAGGAAGAGAUUGCAGCAGUGUAGGGAAUGUACACACCAGAUCCUUAAGGCUGCGAUGGCAAUUAACAGCAAUGUGUUGGCUGAGAUGGAAAUCCCAAAUGCUUACUUGGACAGCUUGCCCAAAUCUGGAAAAGAUUGUUUGGGUGAGAUCAUCUAUCGUUUCUUAACUGCUGACCAGUUCUUCCCUGAGUGUCUUCUUGAUUACUUAGACCUGUCGUCAGAAUACACUACUCUGGAAAUGGCAAAUAGGAUUGAGGCUUCUGUGCAUAUUUGGAAACAGAAAUACUUGAAAAGGCAUUCAGUUCGUGCAAAGGUUGGAAAGUCAUCAUGGGGUGGCAGGGUUAAGGGUUUCGUUGGUGACAUAGACAAGAGUAAGGUUCUAGCUCAGCGGGUUGAGACACUCUUACAGAACUUGAGGCUACGGUUUCCAGGUCUUCCUCAGACUUCUUUGGACAUGAGCAAGAUUCAGCAUAACAAGGAUGUAGGACAAUCAAUUCUUGAGAGCUAUUCUAGAGUCAUGAAAAGCCUAGCUUUCAACAUAAUGGCAAGGAUUGAUGAUCUGCUACAUGUGGACGAUGCCACAAAACAACGUGCAGCAGAGGAGUCAAUGUCUCUUCAUGACCAUGGGCGAUUUGGUUUUGCUCUUCAUAAGCAAAGGCAGAUAUCACCCACUCCUUUCUUAUUUCAACAUGCUCCUUCUGGGACUCAAUGUGCAAUGAGAGCAUCCGACUCUUCAAAUGAAAUAGGUGAAAGCCCUCGUAGGAGGAUUUAUCAUCGUUUAAAUAAUGGCAAUCCGAGAGACCCACUGGACGGAUCACUAGAAAGGCUAGCGUUCUGAUAAGUGGAAGGAAUGACCUCUUGCAUCACCAAUCUGAAAACCUCAAAAAGGUUGUGGUACUAGUUCUGGAUAAAGAUCGAGAGAGAUAGCUUAUACCAUCACAUCCCGCUGGAAGCUGAUUUGUCCUCCUGAGCGGUAGUGAAGACGAUUAGAUUGAAUCUUUUGCAUAUUCCUUUAUAUGAUUAGACAAACAAAGUAGAGAUUUUUCUGACACUCGGAUAUUAGUUAGGCUGAAUCUCUUUAAAGUGUCACCAUUGUAGC